AUACGUAGGUAUACAUGUAUAAUAUUAUAGUAAUAUUUCUUGUAACGAACAACGGCGACGAUGACGACAACGACGACACUAUAUAAUCAUUAUUAUAAAUUUACAAUCCAUGGCCGACGUUGAGGUAUCGAUUCGAGAACGUAGUCACCAGUCACACACCUGCAGUCAUCGGUGCUUUUUUGCGGUGUCCGGUUCGUUUUACGUAAUACUUUACACCCGCGCACACGGUACCUAUUAUAUAUAGCCGCAUACAUUAUAAUGUAUACAGAGUGAGACGUGGUGGUUUUCAUCUUUAAUUGUAAUAUAUAAUAAUAAUUGUUAUGGAUUAUGAUAACAUACUAGACAACGCGUCCGACAGCUCUGUGUAUAAUAGUCGGAUACUUUAUUAAGCUACAGAUUGUUUCCCAUGACCACGGUAUAUCGUCGUAACCGUGUUAUGCUGUAGAACAUAUUACGCCGUCUGUAGUAUCGUGUAUCUACACUUAUAUUAUAUUCCUUCCGAUUUUCGUCCGACAAUCGUCACGCCGUAGAGGGAAGUGACUGAGAGUAUUAGUAAUCGAGGGGAACUCGGAUUUGAAGGGUUUCCUACGGUGUUGGUCAUCGCGGCGCCGAUCACGUUUCCACCGACCGGCCGAAUCCCGCGACAGUCGAUCGCGGUAUAUCGAUACCGGUGAUGCAGCACAUCGACCGUAUUUCGCUUUCCAGAUAUUAGAGAAAUCCAGAAUUCUGUACAUCGACGUUUGUAACACCUGGCAAGUUCAAUUAUAACGAUAUUCAAUCAGCCUGCGUCCAGUUUGGCUCAUAUAUUUGAUUUGGUGACUGUGCACAUUGCUCGGACGAGGACACCACACCGAUGGCGACCGAAUGCACGCCACUAACCAAUACCGAUGACGUCACACCAGUAUCAGGUUCCGGGUACAUUUCGCUGUCAAAACACGAAACCGAUCAUACUCCGCCGUGCCUGAAACCUAGAUGUUGCGUGUACGCAGCACUGCUGUCGUUGGUAUUAAUGGCCAUUAUAGUGGGCACGUCAUAUUACGUGGACCGGAGUCAAGGUGACUCGACAGUUAUUCAACCGGCCUCGGUGGCAGACACGUUGUUGCAGCUCAGAUGGCCAUUGCAAAACGAAGCAGACGAUGGAAUAACUGCGACAUCAAUUAUUCAGAGGACCGUCGUUAUAAAUGCGACCGGGGACGACUUAAUGUCCGCGGUGGAGGGAGGCUACAAAAGUUUGAAAGCCAAAGAGGAUUUGGAAAAAAACUUUCCGACAAUUGAUGGCGGGACUCCAUCAUACCGUCAUCAGCAAGUGAUGAAGUCCGGCCCCGAAUCGAUAGGAAUCGCGCGGAACGGUUACGUCGAAAACAUCGCGACUGAAAAAUUGAGGCUGCUAUUAAACAUCACGAAGGACCAGGAUGUCACGAUAUUAGUGGGCAACGUGACCGUUUUCAACAACGCCGAGUGCACGAGUCCCGAACCGGUGAUUUGCCCUCUCCAGAGUCGUUACCGGACUGUGGAAGGCAUUUGUAACAACAUCUUGGAGCCGCUCAAAGGCGCCGCUCUGAUGCCGUUCCACAGAGUGUUGCCGGCCGACUACUCAGACGGCGUGUGGAAACCGAGGAAAGCGACGGACGGUUCGGAGUUGCCGUCGGCCAAACAAGUCAGCGAGGAGGUGCACCGACCUUCGUACGAAGAAGAUCACGAUUUCACCGUCAUGCUGGCGGUCUGGGGUCAGUUCAUGGAUCAUGACAUUACCGCCACCGCGCUGAGCCGAGGGCAUAAUGGAAGCGCUAUUUCGUGCUGUGAAUCGGUGGGCAAAAACGUUACGCACCCCGAAUGUUUUCCAGUGAUCGUGCACGAAGUUGAGAAAAAGUGCGGGAAAUGCAUGGAGUUUGUGCGGUCUUCGCCUGCGUCUACCUGCGGUUUCGGGCCCAGGGAACAGCUGAACCAAGCGAGCUCGUAUCUGGACGGAUCGUCCGUGUACGGCAACACUCGCAAACUGCAAAACGACCUGAGAUCUUGGACCGGUGGACGAAUGAAGGUGUUCGUAACCGAGUACGGAAAACAGUUGCUGCCGCCCAACAAAGAUCCGCUGGACGGGUGCAACGAAGAAUCGGAAAUGAAAAAAGGCCGUUACUGCUUUUUGUCCGGAGACGCCAGAUCGAAUGAAAACAUGCACCUGACGACUCUCCAUUUGAUCAUGGUGCGGCAGCACAACAUGAUUGCCGGUAGAUUGUCAUCACUAAAUCCCCACUGGGACGACGAACACAUCUUUCAAGAAACUAGACACAUAGUCACUGCUCAGAUUCAACACAUCACGUACAAUGAAUUUCUACCAGUAUUGCUUGGUGACAGUCUCAUGAAGCGCCUGGACUUGUACUCUCGAAAAACUGGUCAUUGGAACGGAUACAAUUCUACAGUGAACCCGACCAUCAGCAACAACUUUGCCACCGCGGCCUUCCGUUUCGCCCAUACACUCAUACCGAGCAUGAUGAAAUUUCUUAGAGACAACAACAGCGAUCCCGAAUUCGUCGAAAUGAGGAAAAUGCUGUUCAACCCUUACAGACUGUACACAUGCGGUGGCGUGGAUAGUGUCAUUCGUGGAGCGAUGAAUACGAGCGCUGGGAAAUCUGACGCAUUUUUCACACCCGAAGUCACCAGACAUCUUUUUGAGAAGAACCACGGGUCGAAGCGCACCGGAGAACAGUGCGGAUUGGACUUGGUCGCACUGAACAUACAGAGGGGCCGAGAUCACGGACUUCCGGCGUACCCGCGGUGGCGUGAAACAUGCGGGUUCCCGAGACCACGGAGUUUCAGCGAUCUGGAAGGACACGUAGAACCGGCAACGCUGCAAAGGAUAUCGAAACUGUACAAGUCGAUCGACGAUUUGGACCUGUACACCGGGCUGCUUUCGGAGAAGCCGCUGGAAGGAAGCAUCUUGGGCCCAACGAUCACAUGCCUGUUGGCCGAUCAAUUCCUGAGGGUGAAAAAGGGUGAUCGUUAUUGGUACGAGACGGACGAGAAACCUCAAGCAUUCAACGAGGAUCAACUGUCAGAGAUCCGAAAGACCACGUUCGCGGCAAUAAUCUGCGACAAUUCCGACGAAAUUGAAUCCGUUCAGCUGCACGUGAUGCACAGCGCCCGGAAAGUCGGCAACGCCAGAGUUGGUUGCGACAGUUUAAUAAAAACGUCUCUCGACCCGUGGAAAGAAGAGUUCGACGCCGCCGCUCCUUUGGCCGCCCCUCAAGACCCGACCGCCACCCCACAGGUCGACCCGACCACCGCCGCUCAGGACUCCACCACCGCCGUCGCCGCUGAAGUCACGACCAGUAAUAAUAAUAAUAACAACGGAUCGCAGUCGGCCGAAGUCGUGCAACCGACGACAAUUAUUGGCACGGUGAAUCGAUAAGGACCACGUGCGAAAACGUAAAUUUAUUUCGAGUCGGGUAGCCCAAAAUUAAGUUUAAAAAAUAAUGUAUAACACCAGCUCUACCUUAACCAUAAUAUUAUUGCAUGUAAUGUCUGUAUAAAAUACUUAUGAACUCCGAACUCGCGUGUGGCAUAGAGUUUCAGCAUUUAUUAUAAGAUAUUAUUUUUACAGUUGAUUACAUUCGCCAACGGCUGAGAUGGGGGAGGGGGCUUACAUAACCCCCUGGAAAUAAUAUAUAUUUAAGUUAGUUUUUUUAAUAAUUAUAUUAUAUUAUGUAUAAGUAAUUUAUUUUAUUAUAAUUUUAAGACAAAAUAUUAUACUCAUACGAAAUCAAUAGUAAUAUUAUACCGACCAAUUAUUAGAGCUAGUACUGAUGAAUGAUAUGACUAUUCAAUAAUAUUUUAUGUCCAACUUUAAUCUCAGAACAAUUUCUACUAAUAAAGCAGGCUAAUAAAUAAUAAUUACUAGUAGACUGUCGGAGCAAAUCAGACAAGCUAGUCUACUAAGUACUAAUAUUAUGUUUUCAUUAAUAAAAAAAAAAAAACGGAAAAUAUAAUCUCAAAGAA